AUGGCCACCGCUAUGAAGUACCACCCCAAGGCCCAGGCCGACUUCCAGAUCCCUCUCCUCGCUGGCGACAACGCCUUCCUCGGCGACGUCUUCUCCAGCGACAAGACCAACCCCGAGAAGCCCAUCUCGGCCGGCCUCUUCCGCCUCAAGAAGGGCGAGCCCCUGACCUACACCUACAAGUACGACGAGAUGAAGAUCAUCCUCGAGGGCGACUACACCAUCUCCGACGAGACUGGCCAGAGCGUUACCGCCACCAAGGGCGAUGUCUUUUACUUCCCCGCCGGCGCCACCAUUACCUUCACCACUACCGACUACGGCCUGGCGUUCUACGUCGGCCAGCGAAAGGAGAGCGACUUCUAA